ACGCACUUUUGCAAAUAACUUUUAGGUUAUGUUCCUUUUUUUUUUUAGUUCAAGUUUUUACGGGAGCCGAGUAGUAUAAGCUUAUCAAAUAAUGCAUCUAAGAUUACUUGAUCGAACGCCGAUAAACUCGUAUUUUAUUCACUUUUUCCCGUCCUCUUUUUCAUAUCUUAAAUGGGUGUCCUAAAGUCAACAUUAAAACAAACAUGUUUUGACACGUCACAUUGAGAAGCGCGAUGGAAUUUUGUGAAAGGAACGACAGUGACGAUGUGACAUCGAUACCAGAUGAAGAUUAUCAAGAUGUUUUGAAGGAUCUUCCGCAAGUAUUAGAUUUCAUACGAAAACUACAAAACCACAUCAGAUGGCAGAGGAAGAAAAUAAAUAAACUGCGAAACAAACUGAACAGUUGCAAGAAAGGAAAAUUGCAAUCUGCCGAAACGCUACUCGUCGACUGUGCAACUCAGACGGAAUUAAGGAAUGCUGAUCAUAAUUCGGUUACCAGUCAAGACUGGAACUUGAGCAAGUUAGAAAAUGGAGAAAAUAUCGUCGAGCAGGUCACGAAAGCGGCAGAAUCUGCUCUACAGCAGACUGGAUUUGUUUACGAAGAAACGUCCGGACUCUACUACGAUUAUAAUACCGGCUAUUAUUACGAUGCGGAACAAGGACUUUAUUACGACGGAAACUCAGGGACCUAUUACUGCUACGAUGAAACGAGCAAAACUUACAAGUUUCACAGUCAAACUCAAGUCACGUCAAGCGAAGCAUCGGUACAGAAAGAGAAAAUUGAGAAAAAGGAGAAGCGAAAAGCCAGGAAGGCAAAUAAGGAUACGGCGAAAAAGCGAAAAAUCCUUGCAAGUGGGCUCGAGUCAGAUGACGAUGAAUACGAAGAGGGUGAAUGCUCAGCCAGUGAUAACAGCCUUAGCACGCAGGAUGUUGCUUCUGAAAUAUCCUCUAGUGACGAGAGCGAAAACGAAGUUGAACAAGAAUUGGCCAAAACCUAUCCACCUUGCAUUAGGAUUAUCGUAAAAGAAACCAGUUUACCAAAAUUGAAACCUGGUUCCUUAUUUCUUGUCGCUUAUACCGGUGGCUCAAUGGGCAGGGAAGGCGAUCACUCUGUACUAAUACAAGACAUCAACAUAAGCAAGCAACAUGCAAGAUUCCAGUACGACGAAGUAAAUAAACGUUACGAAAUCAUUGAUCUGGGUUCAAGAAAUGGGACCAUAUUAAACGGCAAACGAUUGUCGGUAGCAAAGCAGGAAUCCGAGCCGUUCGAGAUUGUGCACGGUUCUAUAAUUCAGGUCGGAUGUACGAAGUUACUUUGUCACAUUCACAACGGGCACGAAACCUGUGGUCACUGCGAACCAGGACUUGUCCAGCAAAAUGUCAACAUCGAAGGAAGUACAGCAAGAAAACAAAACCAGCACAAAUCUGAACUGAGAAGGUUGAAGUAUAAAUUUGGUGUUGAGAAAAACAACGUCAAAACAUCGAGUCAACUCGCCGCUGGGUACCAAGAUCGUGCUCAAGCAAGACGAGUACUCGUAGGAUCACUGAAUCACCAUGCAAAGACUCAGCAGAGCUCCGUCGACGUAUCGAUAGCAAGCGACAACAAGGGCUUCAAGCUUCUCUCGAAAAUGGGAUGGACGGAGGGUCAAUCGCUGGGAAAAGACGGUGAUGGCAGAAUCGAACCUGUACCAAUCGUGUCAAAUCACAAAAAAGCGGGGCUGGGUGCUUCGGAUGCCGGUAUGGUUCCGACUUUGGAUUCUGAUCCAAACACGGAAAAGAAACAGGCCAUGUGGAAGAAGACUCAGCAACGAUAUCAAGAAAUUCCUGACUGAAAAACUAAUAAUACCUUUUUAUAAUAACAAUAAUAAUAAUUUAAACACAUUCAUCAUCGUUUACCGCAAAAUUUACAGCCAUAAUCAAUUUAUUUUUCGAUC